AGAUUGACAAAAUCUCAGUUAUUUAAUGCUUUUUACUUCUUUUACUUGACUACUAUUAUCAUCAACUUCCUCGAUCUUUCAUUUGCACACUUCUUCUGCUUCUAACAAUGGCGGCAUUAUUGUGCAAGAGAAAUGCAAAGAGUUUAAUUUUCAGUUCAAUUAUAUGCUUCCUAAUACAAAUAACAGCUCUAAAUGGACAACUUAGAGUUGGGUUUUAUUCUCAAAGAUGUCAUAAUGCAGAAUCCAUUGUUAGCUCUGUCGUAAAAGAAGCUUCCCAAGGAGAACCAAGAAUGCCAGCCAUGUUACUUAGACUCCAUUUCCAUGAUUGCUUUGUUCAGGGUUGUGAUGGAUCAAUUUUGAUUGAUAAUGUUAAAGAAGCUGAAAGAAAUGCAUUUGGACACGAAGGACUUGGAGGAUUUGAAGAGAUCGAGAAAGCCAAAACUCGAUUGGAAGCUCAAUGCCCAGGGGUGGUUUCUUGUGCAGAUAUUGUUGCUUUAGCUGCUAGAGACGCUAUCGUCUUGUUACACAUAUAUAUUUUACGCUAUGUGGAUGACUCAAUUGAUGUUUUAAAAGGAAAAUUCAAAAAUAAAGGCUUCACUGAAAAAGAACUCGUCAUUUUGAGUGGGGCACAUACUAUUGGCACAACAGCUUGUUUUUUCAUGCCUCGAAGAUUAUACAAUUUCACUGGAAGAUCAGAUGCAGAUCCAACUAUCAAUUCUAAGUUCCUCCCAGAGUUAAGAAGCAAAUGCCCCAAAAAUGGAAACAUAAAUUUCAGAAUACCUCUUGAUAACGCAAGCGAACGAAAAUUUGACGAUCAGAUUUUGCACAACAUAAAGAAUGGUUUCGCAGUUAUAGCAUCAGAUGCAAGGCUUUAUGACGACAAAAUUACACGAGCAGUGAUUGAUUCUUAUCUUCAGAGAAAGAAAUCGAUUCCUAAUUCACCAUCAUUUGCAAGGGAUUUUGGUUUAACCAUGAUAAAGUUAGGAAGGCUUGAUGUCAAGACUGGAUUAGUAGGAGAGAUUAGAAAGGUUUGUAAUUCUUUUAAUAAAAUGUAAUAACAUUAAUAUUGAGCCAUACUAUUACUUAAUUAACGUCUUAAUAGUCUUCGAGAAGAAUAAGAUGUGAUGCCUCCCUAUAGUUUUUAUU